UUAAGAUAUUUGCAUUUAUCUUGUGUUGCAAUGGAGGGAGUGUUGCUUCCUGUGUGUUCUUCCCCUUCAUCCUCUGCAACUCUUAAACCCAAAAUCUCCAUUCCCCAACGCUCUUCUUUUACUUCGUCACUACCAACCCACUGUUCCUUCCCUCAAAACGUAGCGUUUUCCCUUCGUAACACUCUCCGAAGUUCCACCUCCGCACUCGCCCAGCACGAAGCUCCGGUUCUGGGAAAACCCGACAACAACUCCGUACCUGCUCUGCCCAAAAUCGACAAGACUGGGCGCUUCUGCAGCCCCAGAGCCGCGAGAGAACUCGCACUCUCCAUUAUUUAUGCCGCAUGUUUGGAGGGAAUGGACCCUGUUCGGCUUUUCGAGAAACGGAUGAAUGCGCGGCGAGAGGCCGGAUAUGAAUUUGACAAGAAAAAGUUGUUGGAGUAUAAUCAUAUGAGUUUUGGAGGGCCACCUGCUACUGUUGAGUCGGAUGAAGAGGCAAAUGAGCUUCUGCGGCACAUUGAAGAAGAGUCUGCCAUUGAGGCAGAAGUCCUUACAGCUCCACCAAGGUUGGUAUAUAACAACCUGAUUUUGAGAUUCACUAGGAAACUAUUGGUUGCAGUCAGGGAUACAUGGGACAAUCAUGUCCUGGUUAUUAACAAGAUCGUCCCUGAAAAUUGGAAGAAUGAACCAGCAGGAAAAAUUUUAGAGCUUUGUAUUCUUCACUUGGCCAUGUCCGAAAUGGCAGUGCUAGAAACAAGACACCAAAUCGUCAUUAAUGAGGCUGUAGAUCUUGCUAAACGGUUUUGUGAUGGAGCAGCCCCUCGUAUCAUUAAUGGCUGUCUCCGCACAUUUUUCCGAGAACUUGAGCUUCAGGAAUCAAAUAACCGAGUUUAGUUGUCUUUGGCUUAUGGAAAAGGUUUCCUUGCAUUUCAGGAAUAUCAGGUUUCGUAGCUUGCAUAUAGAACGCUACUCAAUGACUGAAAUAGGAACCUUGUUUGAAAAUUACUGUUAUUAUGACAUUGAAAUAGUUAUAGUGUAUAUGCUAUUUUGUGUAUUUUAGCACGUGGGAUUUGUAUUAAAUUUUUGACUAAAAUGUUAAUUUCGUUCCUUA